UGCUAAGAGGAUUAACCGAGUGAUCAGCAUCUCAACACUCUUGAAAUAUGAUUGCUGAAUUGAUUGCAGCCGACGGUGGGACGCAAAAUGCGAAGGUGAUUGGAAUCUACGGAAAGGUGAGGGUCACUAUUCGGUUUCUCAAGAGGAUGAGAAGGAAUAAUCCCUAGAUUGCGUAGAAAAUAAAAUUUACUGGUUGGAAAACACUUCAGGGACAAGUGAUUAGGGAUUUUCGGAGUGGAAAGGGCGUGAGUACAAACGAUCAACUUUGCCCAAAGAGUAUUUGCUUCAGGUGAAAAUAUUUACUGAUUUAUUGCAGUACAACCAGAUUUACUUGAGGCCAAUUAAUCGUUUUAUUGAGGGAAAUUAAUACCUCCAGUGAUAGCACAGACGAGGCAAUUGUUGGUGAAGAAUAUGGUUCAGUCUACGAAAAGCGUCAGUGUUUAUUGGACGAAGAUAAACAGAAUCACAUGCACUUGAUAAAACCCGAACGUCAUAUCAUUCUGUGUAGGACAAAGCUACAGGUUAUUACCUGGUUACAUCGGACUGAAUCAUCUCCAAUUAGGAUUAAACAUCAUAAAUACGGAUUCAUCGAUCGGUUUUCGGAAAAUAUGAAGAUUACGUGGAGGGCAAUCCAAAUGGAUUUAUAUUCUCAAUUGUGUCAUGUCGAGUCAUCGUCUCCACUGAAGCAGAACAGUUUUGGAAUUCCCAAAACUGUUGAUCGGGUACAGUGCGUCCUUUCGGAAGGAACUGGACUAAAUCCUGCAGAAUUCCCUUCCAGAGAUGAGUAAAAGCUAGAGUGGAAUGAAUGAAUGAAAACCAGAACCAGAAAAUGCAACGUAAAAAUUAAACUACCAACAGUUAAAUCGCUCAUCCACCAAAUCCUCCAAAUCCAUCCAAUUUCUUAUGAUAAUUGUCUCGCUUGGCGGGGAUGGCUGCUGAGGUGUGUAAUGUAGAUCCUCAAGAUAUCGGUUGUCGAGGUGAAUUGAUAAGAAUACCCAGUCCAUAAAUCCCUAAAGCGUGAAAGACAACAACGCUCUAGUAAGUCCCAAUCGGCAUUUUAUUACUGUGGAUCAACUCACCCGAGAUCUACGAUCCGGUGAGAUCUGGGUUACAUUCCUCCCACUGCUUAUCUUAUCUCCCUAUCAUCACACAUCAUUUUCAGUUGAAAAUAGAAUCGCGACGACGACAUCAAUCGCUGUC